GCUGGAUGGUCCACGUCAGCAGUCAAUAAGUCGGAGCUCAGAUGUAUCUCAGUCUGAUCAUCUCUUCCUGGUUGGGAGCCUGUUGACACAUCGCACCUACUUGUUGUGCCAGAAAAAAAAAAAAAACUUUUCUACCAAAUGACACGGAUUUCUGGUGGAAACGAGGGGAAAUAAAAGCAGCCGUUCAAAGCCGAAAAGAAGCCAAAGUCUCCGGACGGUUACGAUGAAGACGCGCGUAAUAAGGUGAAUGAACGCGGAGUCUGCUUCUGACAAAAAAUGAGGUUUCGGCUGCUCAAGCGGAAUCUGCUCGCUCUGCUGGGAGUUUCCUUCGUGGUUGUGACUCUCUUGUUUUCAACACGUGUGUUGAUAGUUUCUGAGGAGGUUGGUGGAGGAGACACGAGCGGAUCGGGCCCGCGGGGGCACCGGCCCGUGCGCUCCGACGGACCGGUGAGGUUCAACUUUGGCUCGCAGUCAGAGCUCACUCAGUCCGUCUACAGUGCCAAUUACAGGCAGUGCGUCCACAAUGCCGACAAGUUCCCAGGAGAGCCUCAGCUGGUGCUGGUGGUGCAGGUCCACAACAGGCCCGAGUACCUGAAACUGCUCAUCAAGUCUCUGGAGAAAGCUGCAGAGGUGCACAGCUUCCUGCUCAUCUUCAGCCAUGACUACUUUUCAGAGGAAAUCAACACAAUUGUGCAAGGGAUACGUUUCUGCAAGGUACUGCAGAUUUAUUUCCCCUUCAGCACUCAGCUGUAUCCCAGUGAGUUUCCUGGGCAGGAUCCACGAGACUGCCCUCGAGACAUGUCCAAGGUCGACGCUCUGAAAACAGGAUGCCUCAACGCUGCACACCCCGACUCCUAUGGACACUACAGGGAGGCCUUCAUCACUCAGACCAAACACCACUGGUGGUGGAAGCUGCACUUUGUGUUCGAGCGAGUCCAGGCCAUGCAGGGCUACAGCGGCUUUGCAGUGUUUCUGGAGGAGGACAACUACAUCUUACCAGACUUUUCCCAUUUUUAUAAAUCAAUGAUAGAGCUCAGGAAGAGCCGCUGCUCAGACUGCGACCUGCUCGCUCUGGGGAACCACAACGGCGUGACUGAUUUUAGCAGACUGACCAAUAAGGUGUUGACCACUGGGUGGAUGUCCACUAAACACAACAUCGGCAUGGCCAUCUCCAGGGAGGUCUACUACAAGCUGAUGGGCUGCAGCAACGACUACUGCACCUACGACGACUACAACUGGGACUGGACUGUGCAGCACCUCUCAGGAACCUGCAUAGCGAAGCCCCUCAAGGUUCUGGCAGCGCAGGGCUCCAGGGUUCUCCACACCGGGGACUGUGGGCUUCACCAGAAGGAGAACUGCAGGCCAGAAUGGGCCUCGCAGAAGGUUGAGGAGAGCCUUCAGACGGCCAAGGAGGGCCUCUUUCCUUCAUCUCUUGUCCUUACCGGUGUAGAAUCAGCGGAGCACAAAGCGCACAUGAAGAACGGAGGAUGGGGAGACAUUCGAGAUCACAUUCUAUGCAAAAACUACGCCAAACGUCUUUGAACUGUGCCUAAGAUAUUCUGCAGAUGUGCCAUCUUAAAGGACUUUUCAGGGGCUGUAAUGUUUUUUGAUUUUCUUUCUCUCUUCCAAGAAAUGGAAUCAAAUCAAAUCUAAGAAUAUUGAACUUUGUGUUCAAAUCUUUUGUUGUUCAUUCACCAAAGCUGCACUUGUGCCAAAUCCUUUUUUCUUGAUUUCACUGUUGUGUUUAAUGCGUACAAGCUCGGUCAUGCUGUUCAAACUUCAUGCCUCCAGCUUUGUGUAUCUCUGGGUGUCCUACAAACCAAAACAGUAGAUUAGAUUUAUUGCACAGUGAUUAAUGUGCUAACCAUAUCAAGACUGUGCAUGUACACAUGAUUUGCAGUUCUGUGUGCAAAUAUAUUUGCGUGACUGGGAACAAUGCACAUCAUGUUUUCUCUGUGUGCUUUUUAUGGUACGGUUUUUAAGUGUGACAACAAAAAGGCACAUGUACUGUACAGACUCUUAUGUUUAAUCAAAGUGUGUGUGACAAUCUUCAAUAUCAUGGGAAAGUUGUAGUUUAUACAACAGCUCUUUCUUUUCAAAUUGACCAUUGAAUUCAGUGAUUUUGACAUUUUUUUUCUUGUAAUGGACUGAUGUAACAUUCAGUUUCUGUCUGUUUGUAACCAGGGUUUUUUUUUUUCCUGAGGAAUUGUGGCCAGACACCACUUAUUUAAUCGGUCUGGUUGUGAAAAAACAUGAGCUGAAUUGAUUUUUUUCUUUGAGGUGAGAGGGGAUGAGUGUAUAUUUGCUUUCAAAUAGGCAAAAAAGUGACCUUUUGGAACCAAGAUUUCCGCUGUACAAACAUCUGUGAUGCUGCCUUUCUAGAUCUGCACCUUUUUUUUGUGAGCAAAACUGACUUUGGGAUGUGACAUCUGAGAACAGAAUGAACCUGCUUGUGAACCUGAGAUUUUUUUUUUUUUUUAAAGGGAAAGAAAAGUUUCCUUUUAUCCUUUUAUUGUUCAAGUUGCCUUGUUGCAGUGUGAAACAAAAUCAAUUAAUAGAAGCAUAAUGAUGCUUUUAGUGCCUUUAAUCUGACCAAAAGUGCCUUCUUGUUGAAACAUAAGACAUUUCAAAGGUACACUGAUACCAUUGUCAUUGACAAAGUAUGUUUAAGAUAUUUUUUCCAAAGCCGGGAACUUGUACUUGUCCUGUGAGAUUUUUUUAUGCCGGUGUCUUUAUUUGUUAGAUUUUGAGGGAAAAUGAAAUUUCAAUUUUGAUUUCAAAAAUAUCUUUACUAUGAAAAGUUUUUGCAACACAGGCAUUCUUAACAUGUGUCUGCCUACAAAUAUCUGGUUUAACCUGAUACUGGUGCACCUCAAUGUGCCUUAGGGAGAUUCCCGAUGUACAGUAUGCAAUGAAUGUGAUAAUAAAGUAAAUUCUAUUUUUUUGUUGAAAAGCACAAUCAGUUCUUAAACAACACGGCAAAGAUGACCUGACAUACAAAGAUGUACUUUGUAAAUAUGGACUUUAUCUGGUGUGUUUGUGUUUGUGUGUGUGUGUGAAUGUGGGUUGUUUGGCAAUUUCUUAGUUAUUGACAAUGAGACCAACCAUUUUUUUGUCUUUUUUUUGGGGGGGGGGGAUUGUUUUCUUGUUUCUUUCUGAUCAUCACUUGAAGUGGCUGUCCAUCGUUCACUCUAAUGUUUGCCAAAUGGAAAAAUAAAAAGAAGUUGAAUUUC